AUGUGCGGCGAUGCCGUGCAUGCUGGGCUAGGCAACUCCGGAACAUCACAGUGGUCGGUGGAUGCUUCCAAGGAGCGCGUCGAAAAAAUCAGAGCGGUUCACGUGGACGGACCAACGGGCCGCCAUCCGAUGAUUUGCCGAGGGAGGCGGAUUGGAUACUUGCUAUCAAAGUCCUGUCUUCGAUGUUCGUUCCCCAUCUGGCCAGGCGCACCUGUGUCUACAUCUAUUGGUAACAUACUCCCAGGUGGCACUCAUAUCGAGGUUCUCGGUCCCUACCUUGUUGGAGACAAAUCCAAGAAACAUGUAUCUGUCCCAGUUGUAGGAAAUCUCGCCAUUGUCUCAAAUGAAGAUGCUACGCUUCCGCUAUUCUUCAUUAACCGUAAUAAUCCUUGGCAAUCGAUCAACGAGACUGCCAUCUUCCCUGUCAUCUUGAGGAAUGUCACCACUAUUCCCCCUGGAGCGACCCACGUACCGUUACAAUUAGCCCUUGAUACGAAACAUAAUGGCGUUGAUGGAGGGUCUUGGAAAUGGAGAGGCCCUAGACUUCAUUACCAUCAUGGUGCCGCAUCCAAUGGAGGCACCUUCUAUAGUUGUCCGUUGGAAGACGGCAGCGUAGGUUUGUUCUUGUUCCUUCAAGUGUCAGUGCUUUAG